GCACUCUCACAGACAGACAGACUCUUUCUGGUCCUGCAUUGACACCGUAUAGAUCUCAACUAAAUAAGAAUGUCCGAAAUCAAAAUUCAAGUCGGAGACACGAUUCCAGAAGGCACCUUCCAAUAUGUUCCGUACACCCAGGAGUUAGAGGAUGGGCUAGUUUGCGGUAUUCCUGUCCAGUUGAAGACGGACGAAUGGAAGGGAAAGAAGGUCGUCUUGAUUUCUGUCCCUGGAGCCUUUACGCCGACUUGCCAUGUAAACCAUCUCCCGGGCUUCGUGAAGUAUUACGACGAGAUGAAAUCCAAGGGAGUGGACGUCAUCGCUGUUGUCGCUGCAAAUGACCCUUUCGUUAUGAGUGGGUGGGGACGUGUUGAAGGCGUAAAGGAUAAGAUACUUUGCUUGUCAGAUGCAGAUGCCAAGUGGUCCGGAUCGAUUGGCCUCUCUGCUGACAUGUCGGCACGCGGAUUCGGUAUUCGUACCGCUCGUUACGCGAUGAUAAUCAACGACUUGAAGGUUGAAUAUCUCGGUGUUGAACCGGCUCCUGGCGUUACCGUCUCCGGAGCAGAUGCAGUCCUUGCAAAACUGUGAAGAAAUACAAGUGCAUGUAUUAGAUCUUGUUGUAGAAUUAGAUUGGUCCGGCUCAUGUACAACCGACACUAUCUUGGGAAUCACAAGGAAAAAAGAGACUGCUACACACGAAGUCCGAUUAGUUAAGUAGACUACACAAAAACUGAUACAUUAUC